CCUUGCAGGUAUUGCACAUCAGUGUGACAGCCUCACCUGUGAAAGUGAAACUCUUAACACCUUAUUUACAGCUGGCCUCACUCCUACUGUCAGACUGGGCUGAAGACUCUCCACUCUGAUCUGCUGCUGCUGCUGUUAUGGAGGAGAGUCGGCGUGUGUGAGUGGGAAUCCUGUCUGCGUGGAGAGGACUGAAGAGGAGGACGUAGAGGAGCCGAGCGGCAGACCGUACCAUGCCGGGGCAGGGGGAGCAGCUCAAGUGCUGCCUCUCUCUGUGUUUCUGCGGCUGGAGUCCUCUGCUUGUGCUCGGACUGUUCUCUCUGCAUGCGCAGUCGCACGGUAACAUACUGGACAGCAUGCUGCUCCGAGGAUCCAGCAGGGAGGCGGUGGAGAGUGGAAAGGAGACUUCAGGCAGCAUCGCUCCGGCUUCGGCGUCCCACAGAUUCCUGUGGUGCCACUGCUCUCACCACUGUCCAGAUGAUUCCACCAAUAACACCUGCAGAACUGAUGGGUACUGUUUUACCAUGGUGGAGGAGGAGGGAGGAGUUCCUGUUCUCACCGCAGGCUGCUUGGGUCUGGUUGGAUCAGAGUUUCAGUGUAGGGACACAGGGGUGUUUCGUCAGAGAAAGUCUCUGGAGUGCUGCACAGAUGAAGACUUCUGCAACCGAAACCUGCGCCCGACGCUGCCGCCGCUCCAGCCCCCUCUCUACGUUGAUGGGAAGAUUCACCACAUGGCUCUGCUGAUUUCAGUCACUGUGUGCAGCAUCAUACUGGCUGGGAUCAUUGUCUUCUGCUACUUCAGGUAUAAGCGGCAGGAGUCCCGUCCUCGCUACAGCAUCGGUCUGGAGCAGGAUGACACUUACAUUCCUCCCGGAGAAUCCCUGAAGGACCUGAUCGAGCAGUCGCAGAGUUCUGGAUCAGGCUCAGGGCUCCCUCUUUUGGUUCAGAGAACGAUAGCCAAGCAGAUCCACAUGGUGAAACAGAUUGGCAAAGGGAGGUACGGAGAGGUGUGGAUGGGCCGGUGGAGGGGAGAAAAGGUGGCUGUGAAGGUUUUCUUCACUACAGAAGAAGCCAGUUGGUUCAGAGAGACCGAAAUCUACCAGACUGUCUUAAUGAGACAUGAGAAUAUCUUAGGCUUCAUAGCUGCAGACAUCAAAGGAACUGGCUCCUGGACGCAGCUCUACUUAAUCACAGACUACCAUGAAAACGGGUCUUUGUACGACUACCUCAAAUCUACCACUCUGGAUAACAAGGCUAUGCUGCGUCUGGCCUACUCCUCGGUGUCGGGGCUCUGUCACCUCCACACGGAGAUCUUCGGCACGCAGGGGAAACCUGCCAUCGCUCACAGGGACCUGAAGAGUAAGAACAUCCUGGUGAAAAGAAACGGGACCUGUUGCAUCGCUGAUCUGGGACUGGCUGUCAAGUUCAUCAGUGACACCAACGAGGUGGACAUCCCCCCCAACACUCGGGUCGGCACAAAGCGCUACAUGCCUCCAGAGGUUCUGGAGGAGACCUUGAACAGAAGUCACUUCCAGUCGUACAUCAUGGCUGACAUGUACAGCUUUGGGCUCAUCCUGUGGGAGAUCGCUCGGCGUUGUGUGUCGGGAGGAAUCCUGGAGGAGUACCAGUUACCUUAUCACGACUUAGUUCCUACAGACCCGUCAUAUGAAGACAUGAGGGAGGUGGUCUGCAUUAAAAAGCUGCGGCCAUCGUUUCCGAAUCGAUGGACUAGUGAUGAGUGUUUAAGGCAGAUGGGGAAGCUGAUGACAGAAUGCUGGGCCCAUAACCCCGCCUGUCGCCUCACAGCGCUACGGGUCAAAAAGACACUUGCCAAAAUGUCAGAAUCACAGGAUAUCAAGCUGUGAGUUUUGAAGUGCCAGCUGUGCACGGAAAGUCGACUGACAAUCACUCGGAGUCUGGUCCGUUCCGCACUAGCCUUGUUUUCUGGAGGGAAAAAAAGGAGAAGAAACUAAGAGGAUCCCAUCGAUAGAAACUCUGAAUCCACGCUCUGUGAAGUCUGCAACCCAAAUCUAAAACUACCCUGUCUGACCCGGCAUCAUGUCAGAUUAGACUUCUGUGCUCCAAAGCUCUUGGAUAGGGACAUUGAAUGUGACAUGAGACUGUGGCUGCAGAGACACUCCAACAGGCUACUGACCAGUUAGUGGAAUAUUGUAUCCCUGCUUUCUGUGAAAGCUGCCCUACCUGUAAAUGAAGCUCUGGUAGAUAGAAAUGAAGGGAUGUGCUUUAAAGCAUCUUUUUUUUUUGUUGUUGCAACAAACACCUCUUUUCUAAACACUCAACGCCCCACUACUGGCUUUAUACUAUUAUUAUUAUUAUUAUUAUUAAUAUUAUUCUUGUUGAGCAAACUCAUUCUGUCACUCUUAAGUGAUUUCCCUUUUGCCUACAGGCCCAAAUAUGAGACAAAAGUAUUUUUUAGGCUCUAUUGUCAUUUGAUUUUGAUCGUUGUGAUAACGUUUGUAGACACUGAAGAGACGUUCAUUUAGUUUGUAAGUUGUGAUAGGCUGGUUGAAAAUUGCAAAAGUCCAUUUUCCAUGUAAAAAAAACGGAAUCUAUAAAAUCUGUAUUUGCAGAAAUAAAGUUUAUAUGUUCAAAUAAAGGACUGCACUUUUCUGUGGUUUAUAAUAAAGACGUUUGACCUUGGAAAA